GGUUGUGUUGCCAUACUCAGUCUCACAUGGAUAAUAAGCCUGACAGUUUUUGGAUUUCUCGUAUUGCCGAAAGGUUACUACUUCAACGGCUCCGGUCUAAUGGCCUGCGAACCAUUUUACAGCAAACCAUCAUAUCGUAUAUUGGCGACAUGCGCCCUCUACUUUCCCACCACAAUGGUACUGAUGUACUGUUACGGCUCCAGCUUUCAUAUGAGUCGUUUCAGGCUUAACGACCCAACAAUGCCGCUUACUGCCGCUGCACAUCAUCCGCAUCAUCAUCAUCAUGCAUUAGCAGCUUCUUCGACGUUACCUAGCACACCAGUCAUGAAUUUGAUGAGCAUGGGCUUGGGUAUGGCUGGUAUGGGAGGCCCCAAAAAUACAAUCACAAAAAAGAUUGUACCAAUACAGGAGAAGAAUUCGAGUGGCUCAACGUCACGUUCAAUGGCAGCAAUUUCAUUGGGUUUCAUUGUUAUGGUCACACCAUGGACAAUACAGGAGAUUGUUACCGCAUGCACAGGCUCGAAGCUUCCACCUUUUUUGGAUUUUUUAGUUACAUGGACUGCAUUGAGCAACAGUCUCUGGAAUCCAUUUAUGUAUUGGUUGCUAAAUUCGGACUUCCGUCGCCUUAGUCGACACCUGAUGCCAAAUAAGUGUUUUCCCACCGAGGACACACCCGAACAUAAAUCAGCUUGUUGUCACAACAAUUCCGAUUUUGAAAUAACCACUUUGCCAAUGCCACCAGAGCCGCCCACAUCUCGGCCACCGGGCAGCAGUAGCGGUAUUGGCGGUGGCUCAGUACUCGGCAUUUGUGCACGUGCCCGUACCAAUAGUCUUAGUCGUAGCGCCUCACAGUAUAUACGCGGUCAUCAUCAUGGUCAUAGUCAUCACGGCGGCUUUGCGACCAUGCGGCCAGAUAUUGAAGGCUUAUCCGAAAAGUAUUGGGGCGAAAUACUUGAGCGUACUGUAAGCUCAGGCAGUUUGCAUGCCAUGCAAAAGAGUUUUCCACUUAGUCAACAUCAUCACCAUCACCACAAUACACCAGCGACCAUGACAACCUCAUUUAGCAAACAUAGUGAUCUAAAUUUAACCAUAUCCGAGCAUGAACGCGAACAAGACGGCGCCUCAAAUACUGCCCUCGAAUGCGAAUUAAGUAAAUUUUCGAAUUCUGAGCCAAAAUUGUGCGAACACAUCUAUCACGAUGCAAAUUGUGCAAAAAAUAAAUCUGCACCGAACGGCGCUUCAGCAACUAAUGCAACUUCGAACAUAGAUGAUACAAAACAUUCAAGCAGUUUUACCAACGGACGCAAUAUACCGGAUAUUUAGUACGCAGAGGAUGUCAUAUUGGCUAAGAGUCAUACUAGACACAUUUGCGGACACAUCGCUAAUAGCCAUAUUCCAGGAAAAUGCGCUAAAACCACAACUCGUGCCGCCUGUCACAAUCCGCCGUCAAAUGUUGUAAGUGUGAUAAUACCGCUGGCCGAGUACCGGAAGUAGAGUGUAAAUAUUAUAGAGCAAAUAAUGAAAAAAUUAUUUUAUAAAUAAAUAAGUUGCGUGUUUGAUGUGUAGUUGAAGCAAGUACAUAUAACAGAAAUACAUAAUUCAGAUAAUUCAGAAAUUAUUGACAAAGUUUAGAGUGAAAGUACGUAAAUGUUUAUAUCUAAUAUCUAAUAUGUGUGAUAAUUUCAGUUAGUUUUUUAUUUAUAAAAUAAAUUCUCAUACCGACAUAAUCGUAUUCGUACUCAUACUCAUACUCAUAUAUAAAGAUUCACUCCGCACUUCAGUAUAGUUUUUUCAAUAAGAUUUGAAGCGAAUCCUAUAUU